ACAGUCUGAGUGAUUUGGUUUUCAUAUAUCUGUUAAGGUGGUUUGUGAACAAUUUAUACAAUGAAAACAUUCGAGAUGAAGGUUAUAUUAAGUAUUUUUUUGCUCGUCUCUUAUGUGGCGAAUGGUAUUGAAGACGGUACCUGUAAUUUGUAUGAUCGUCGUGGUCUUGUAGAAACGCCUGCAGCUGGUGACGCGGCUGGUGGUGCGGCUGCUCCAGCUGGUGGUGCUGCUGGUCCAGCUGGUGCUGCUGGGGGCGAUGGCGUUUUUGAUAUAUCAAAGUGUCCUAAUGCAAAGGGAGACGGAUCGACUGACGUCACUCAGAGUGUACAAAAGUCGUGGGAUGACGCGUGCCAUUCGACUGCAAACGCGAAGAUUCUGAUACCACAAGGAGAAUGGUUGACAGGGGAGCUCAAUUUUGCUGGACCUUGCACGGCUCCCCAGCCUAUAAGCAUUGAAAUUAUAGGCACCUUAAAGGCAAAGCCUGAUUGUGGAGCCUUCCCCAGUGGCAUGUGGAUCAAUAUCUUUCAAACCGGUGUCAAGAUCUUCGGUGGAGGCACGCUUGACGGACAAGGCUGCGAGGCCUGGAAGACUAAAUCCCCUGGCGGCAAGGCUCUUCCAGAUUCUCUCUGUAUCACUCAAUGUAACGCCUCCAGUGCCGAGAACAUCAACAUAGUUAACAGCAAAGGCUUCAAUGUGAAGCUAGUUGAGUCUCAUGACUUCAUAGCUGACCAUCUUAACAUAAGCUGCGCCUUUGAUAGCCCAAACACGGACGGCAUUCAUUUAGGUGAAAUCACCAACGCAACCAUCCAAAACACGGUCAUUGGAACAGGCGAUGAUUGCAUUUCAAUUGGAGAUAACAGUGUUGAUAUCCUCGUCAAUAAUGUCACCUGUGGCCCUGGACACGGCAUCAGUAUCGGCAGUCUUGGCAGAUAUCCAGAUGAGAAAGAUGUUAAAAACAUCAUGGUGCAGAAUUGUAAAUUAAUGAACACCACAAACGGGGCACGAAUCAAGACGAUGCACGAGUCUCCAGCACUGACCGCAAGUAACAUUACAUUCCAAGACCUCACCAUAGAGAAUGCAUUCAAUCCCAUCAUAAUCGAUCAGCAUUACUUUGCAGACAAACCAGGGCCUUCGAAAGUGAAGAUCACAGGAGUCACUUUCAAAAACAUCAAGGGAACCUCCCUGUCACAAGAGGUAGUGACUCUGAAUUGCAGUGACGCUGUUCCGUGUGAAGGAAUCACCGUGACAGACGUCGAUUUCAAGUACACUGGAAACUGCACAAACACGACUCUCGUGUCAGUAUGUGCAAAUGCAAAAGCCACAUUUGGCGGUGUCAUGAACCCUCCAGGCUGUCCUCCGGCUUAAGAUAUCAUCUCCUCCGUAGGAAAUGCAAGAGAGUCGUGAUAAAUAAAACACGAGUCGAGUACGGUGACCAGUUACACUUGCCUUCUGCAAAGAGGAGGGAAGAGAGACAUAUCAAUAAGCUUUGGCUCAAGCGAAGAGGAGCAGUGAGGCUUUACUAUAGCCCGCCCAAUUUUGACACACAACAUUUUGAUUCUUCAUACAUUGUAACUUAGAUUGUUUAGAUCAUCUAUGAUGUUUUUUGUAUUUUGUUUUUUUUAAUAAAUGUAAGACAAAUUUGAUUAAUUUACAUUUUCCAUCAAUAAGUUUUUAUGUUCUUUUGUCG